GAAAAGAAAAGAAAAGAAAGAAAUGUCUUCGGUGUCCUUCCUGAGACAGUCUGUACUUGUGCAGAUCAGAGUGGCCACUGCCUCAGAGGACGAUGCAAAUCACAGCUCCAACUCCACCUACAGAGCCACUGGCAGCCUGCUGAGGGCCGACCAGGAGGCGCUGCUCAGGAAGCAGCUGGACCGCCCGCCACCCAACCGCUGCAACGCCACCUACGCCAUCUUCUUCAGCCUGGGCAUCGGCGGCCUGCUGCCAUUUAACUUCUUCGUCACCGCCAAGGAGUACUGGGCCUUCAAGCUCCACAACUGCUCCGGCCCAGCCUCGAGGAGGGACCCUGAGGACUCUGACAUCCUGAACUACUUUGAGAGCUACCUUGCCAUCGCCUCCACCGUGCCCUCCCUGCUGUGCCUCGUGGCCAACUUCCUGCUGGUCAACAGGGUUCCGGUCCGUGUCCGUGUCCUGGCCUCGCUGAUCGUCACAUUGUCCAUUUUUGUGGUGAUGAUCGUGCUGGUGAAGGUGGACACUUCCUCCUGGACCCGAGGCUUCUUUACUGUCACCAUCAUCUGCAUGGCCAUCGUCAGUGGCUCUGCCACCAUCUUCAACAGCAGCGUCUACGGCCUGACGGGCUCCUUCCCCAUGAGGAAUGCGCAGGCACUGAUAUCAGGAGGAGCCAUGGGUGGGACCAUCAGUGCUGUGGCCUCGCUGGUGGACCUGGCCGCAUCCAGUGACGUGAGGGACAGCGCUCUGGCCUUCUUCCUGACUGCGGUCAUCUUCCUGGGGCUCUGCAUGGGUCUCUACCUGCUGCUGCCGAGGCUGGAGUACGCCAGGUACUACAUGAGGCCUGUUGCUCCAGUCCGUGCGUUUUCUGGUGAAGAGGAGCCAUCACAGGUCUCCCCCCAUUGCCCUUUGGUGGCCCCCAGAUCCCUUGAGUCCCACACACCACCUCUGAGACCCAUCCUGAAGAGGACCGCUGGCCUGGGCUUCUGCAUCGUCUACCUGUUCUUCAUCACCGCCCUCAUCUUCCCCGCCAUCUCUGCCAACAUUGAGUCCCUCCACAAGGGCUCCGGCUCACCAUGGACCACCAAAUUCUUUGUGCCCCUCACCACCUUCCUCCUGCUUAACUUUGCUGACCUGUGCGGCCGGCAGAUCACAGCGUGGAUCCAGGUGCCGGGCCCCAACAGCAAGGUGCUCCCCGGGCUGGCACUGCUGCGCACCUGCCUCGUCCCUCUGUUCGUGCUGUGUAACUACCAGCCCCGAGUCCACCUGACCACAGUGCUCUUCCAGUCUGACAUCUACCCUGUGGCCUUUACUUGCCUGCUGGGGCUAAGCAGCGGCUACCUCAGUACUCUGGUUCUCCUCUAUGGGCCCAAGAUUGUGCCUAGGGAGCUGGCCGAGGCUACUGGGGUGGUGAUGUCCUUUUACAUUUACGUGGGCUUGGUGCUGGGCUCAGCAUGCUCUGCCCUGCUGGAGCACCUCAUCUAGGAGGGGAGGCAAGAACGUCAGUGCUGCAUGAGGCUUUGGGCCCUGGGAGCUGGGGAGUGAGGCCAGGGGCUCACACAGGGCUCACAGUGGAGGAAAAGCCUGGCAUUUUUCUAGGGGCAGACAGCAGAGCAUAUUUGGGCUUCUGCCCUCCCAAGAUGCCAGUAAGCCAUAUCCUUGCCCAUUCUGUGCAAGGAGAAACACUCCAGACACUAACAGGAUGCUUUAGGGACAUAUGAGGGAGACAGGUACGAAGAGGGUUAACCCUUCCUAGCUGAUAGGUCCCCCUCCUAUGUUCGACUCUGAGUUGUCACCAGGCCAGAACCCAGUGAUGAUGCUCUGUACUCUCCCAGAAGGACAGGAGAGGUUCUCAGCCUUCCCUUCUCUGAUGAGGGUCCCCUGGAGUGGAGGUCCCCCUGGGGUGGCCAGUCCUUAAGCCCAAGUCCAAGCCUGCACAGACCUGCAUUCUGUAGGUGAGUGGGUACCCACCAGCCAGACUUGAAAGCUCAGUGAGAUGGGCCUCGCUGAGUCCUUGCUGCCCUCCGCAGGCUCUGGAGGCCUCCCUGGGCCCGGGUCUGAGCUCCUCGGGCCAGGUUCAUUGUGGCCCAGUGGGCUACAGUUGGGGGGUGGUCUUUUAGCAUUUAUGUUUACAACCUGUCAAGGCCAUUGUUUCAAGGGCCCAAUAAAUUCUGGAGUAUUCAAUG